AUGGGUGACACACAGAAGGGCAAGCUUCAUCAAGAAAGUCCUGUGAGAGCUGAACUGCAUCUGUUCCCCAGAAAGCUCACAGGAGAUACCUUCCAGGAUGCCGAUCAAAGACAGGACAGCAAGCAGGAGCUGGAGACAGAAAGUGAGGUGGAGACAUCUUUUGGAAAGAGACGGGGAAUGGUAAGUCCCUGUCGGAUGGAAGUCUGGGAGUGCGAGGACAGUGGCAGAGCCCACAUCAGCAAGGUUAUCCUUGCUGGGGACAGGCCAGACCCACCCGUGUGUAGGAACGGUGCCAUUUGGAUUCAGCACGUAGGAGAGAAAACCUAUGAGUGUCCUGAGUGUGGGAAGAGCUUCAGCCGGAGCUCGUACCUGAGCCAGCACCAGAGGAUCCACUUGGCAGAGAAGCCCUUCAGCUGCUCUGAAUGUGGGAAGAGUUUCACCCGCAACUCAGACCUGAUCAAACACCAACGGAUCCACACCGGCGAGAAGCCCUACCAGUGCAAUGAGUGCGAGAAGACCUUCAGCCAGAGGUCCAACGUGAUCAGGCACCAGCGGACCCACACGGGAGAGAGACACUACCACUGCAACGACUGUGGGAAGAGCUUCAGCCAGAACUCACAUCUCAUUGUCCACCAGCGAAGCCACAAGGGUGAGAAACCCUUUAAUUGCCCCCGGUGUGAAAAAAGCUUCAGUGACCGCUCGUCCUUACUCAUACACCGGAGAGUCCACACUGGAGAGAAGCCCCACAAAUGCCAGGACUGUGGGAAGCGUUUCCGGGACAGCUCGGCCAUCAUUCGGCAUCAGAGGAUCCACACAGGAGAGAAACCAUACGAGUGCACCGAAUGCGGGAAGACCUUCCGGCAGAGCUCCUCGCUGGUGACCCACAUGCGAACGCACACAGGCGAGAAGCCCUACAAGUGCCCCGUGUGUGGGAAGGGCUUUAGCCAGAGCUCAGCACUCACCACUCAUCGCCGGAUCCACGGGGGGAAGGCCUUGCCCAUGUACCACGGUGGCCUCCUGCCCAACCCCUACCAGUGCACUGAGUGUGGCCGGAGGUGCAGCAACCACUCCACUCUGGCCAAGCACCAGACUACGCAUGCCGAGGAACGGCCCUACAUCUGUGUGGAGUGCGGGGACAGCUUCCAUCGAGGCUCGGCUCUCAACGUGCACCUGAGGAUCCACCGCGGGGAGAGACCCUACAAGUGUGAGGAGUGUGGAAAAACAUUCAGGCACAGCUCAGCCCUUGGUGCCCACGUGAGGAUCCACGCAGGAGCCAAGCCCUACGAGUGCAGCGAGUGUGGGAAAAGCUUCCGGAAAAGCUCGACGCUUAAAGUGCAUUUGAAAAUCCAUGCUGCCAAGAAACCUUAUAAAUGUACG